CGUCGUCGUCGUCGUCGUCGUCGCCGCCGUCGACGUCGCCGCUGUUGCUCUUACUCCCCUACACCCAGGUCUUCUGAAAAACUGCAUGCGAUUCGCAAGGACGAUCGCGUAGGAGGAGACACAGUGUUUCUCCUGCCUUUUUUUGCUCACCGGUUAUUGCACAUCCAAUUACUGAGGAAAGAUGGCGGGGAACACAGGAAUGGAGCAGCUGAUCCCGAUCGUGAACAAGCUCCAGGAUGCCUUCACGCAGCUUGGGGUAACAAUGAAUUUGGAUUUGCCGCAGAUCGCUGUUGUCGGUGGUCAAAGUGCUGGCAAAUCCUCUGUUCUUGAGAACUUUGUUGGGAAGGAUUUUUUGCCGAGAGGAUCAGGAAUUGUAACCAGAAGACCGCUUGUACUGCAAUUGAUCAACAGCAUGAGUGAGUAUGCAGAAUUUCUGCAUUGUAAGGGAAAGAAGUUUGUGGACUUCGAUGAAGUGCGAAAGGAAAUCGAGGGAGAAACAGAUCGUGUAACUGGUAGUAACAAAGGCAUCUCCAACUUACCCAUCAAUUUAAGAGUUUAUUCACCCAAUGUUCUCAAUUUAACUCUCAUUGAUUUGCCUGGAUUAACAAAGGUGCCAAUCGGUGAUCAACCGGUAGAUAUCGAAGCCCAAAUUAAAGGAAUGAUUUUUCAUUUUAUCAAACGUGAAAACUGUCUUAUAUUAGCGGUUACACCUGCAAAUACUGAUUUAGCUAAUAGCGAUGCUCUGAAACUUGCCAAGGAGGUCGAUCCUCAAGGUGUGCGUACUAUUGGUGUCAUCACCAAACUGGAUCUUAUGGACGACGGUACUGAUGCUAGGGAUAUUUUAGAAAAUAAAUUAUUGCCUCUGCGAAGGGGUUACAUAGGUGUAGUUAAUAGGAGUCAAAAAGACAUCGAAGGCCGUAAAGAUAUCAAAGCAGCCAUGGGAGCUGAGCGAAAAUUCUUUUUAAGCCAUCCCUCAUACCGACAUUUGGCUGAAAGGUUAGGCACACCAUACCUACAACGAGUUCUCAAUCAGCAGUUAACGAAUCACAUCAGAGACACAUUGCCUGCAUUGCGUGACAGGCUACAAAAACAACAGCUUGCUUUGGAAAAAGAUGUGGAGCAGUAUAAGCAUUUCAGACCCGACGAUCCAGCUAUAAAGACAAAAGCGAUGUUGCAGAUGAUACAACAACUGCAGUCCGAUUUUGAGAGAACGAUUGAGGGAUCUGGUUCAGCACAGAUCAAUACAAUGGAAUUAAGUGGCGGUGCUAAAAUUAAUCGAUUGUUUCACGAACGAUUUCCAUUUGAAAUUGUUAAAAUGGAGUUCGACGAGAAAGAAUUGCGCAGAGAAAUUGCUUUUGCCAUUAGAAACAUUCAUGGUAUUCGAGUCGGUCUAUUUACUCCUGAUAUGGCUUUCGAAGCUAUAGUAAAAAAACAAAUAAAUAGGCUCAAGGAGCCUAGUCUGAAAUGUGUGGACCUAGUCGUACAAGAACUGAGCAAUGUUGUUCGUAUCUGUACAGAUCGGAUGUCACGGUAUCCCAGAUUACGCGAAGAAACGGAGCGCAUUAUCACAACCUACGUUAGGCAGCGGGAACAAAUGUGUAAGGAGCAGCUUAUCCUUUUGGUCGACUGCGAGCUUGCGUAUAUGAAUACUAAUCAUGAAGAUUUUAUUGGUUUUGCAAACGCGGCGGCCAGUAGCCAUAAUGCAAGCGCUCAACAAUCAUCGGAAAAUGCCGUGAAGGCAGGCCGCCAUACCCUCGGCAAUCAGGUCAUACGCAAAGGUUACAUGUGCAUACAUAACCUUGGCAUUAUGAAGGGAGGAUCCAGGGACUAUUGGUUUGUUUUGACAUCCGAAAGUAUCUCAUGGUUCAAGGACGAAGAGGAACGCGAAAAGAAAUAUAUGUUGCCAUUAGAUGGAUUAAAACUGCGAGAUCUUGAACAAAGCUUUAUGUCUCGUCGUCAUCUAUUUGCAUUAUUCAAUCCCGAGGGCAGAAAUGUUUACAAAGAUUACAAGCAACUUGAAUUGAGCUGUGAAACUCAAGAUGACGUUGACUCAUGGAAAGCAUCUUUCCUUCGCGCUGGUGUUUACCCGGAAAAACAGACAGAGCAAGCGAAUGGUGAUGGUGAAGAAGGCUAUGAGGGUGGCAAUGAAGCUCAAUCAUCAAUGGAUCCCCAGUUGGAACGUCAAGUCGAGACGAUUAGGAAUUUAGUUGAUUCUUAUAUGAAAAUUGUUACAAAAACUACUCGAGAUCUCGUGCCCAAAACAAUUAUGCAUUUGAUCAUAAAUAAUGCCAAAGACUUUAUAAAUGGUGAACUUUUGGCACACUUGUAUGCAAGCGGUGAUCAGUCAUCUAUGAUGGAAGAAUCGCCAGAAGAGGCCCAAAAACGAGAGGAAAUGCUUCGUAUGUAUCACGCUUGUAAGGAAGCACUUCGAAUAAUUGGGGAUGUUUCUAUGGCUACGGUGACGACGCCGGUACCUCCUCCUGUAAAGAACGAUUGGUUGGCCUCGGGUGAAAAUCCAAGUCUUGGGCUUUCACCACCAUCACCAGGCGGUCCUGGAGGACGUCCCAGAAAUGUAGCACCACCACCUGCAAGUACCAGGGCACCACCACCAUUGCCAGUAGGUGGCAGACCAGCUCCGGCUAUACCUAAUAGACCAGGACCCGGUGGUCCACCCCCAGCCCGAACUAACUCUGGUGGCGGUUUCUUACCAUCUCCGCUAAUACCUUCGCGCCGACAAUAAGUCUACGCACUAACACCUAAUUGUUACUAAUAUCUACACAUAUACAGAUAUACCGAUAUACAUACAUAUAAUAUGUGUAUCCAUAUAUGUGUUUAUGUAUAUACGUUACAUCUAGCUGAGAAAAUAAAUUAACUGAUGCAUACCUAUUUCGGUGGAACUGGUAUUUUUAUCCGUAUACAAUAUAAUAAAUAAAAAAUAAUCAUGGCAUCAUUGUUAAUUUGGGGUGUGCAAUAGAAACGAUUGCUCGAAUACAUGCAAAUUAAAUUAGCAUU